AUGGAGUUUCUCUUCCCGCGCCCUCUGUUCGGCUUCCCGCGCCUUCUGUUCUGCGUCCCGUUUCUGCUCUCGUUGCUUCUGAUCUUCUUCUCGUUGCUUCUCACAAGCAAAUUGCUCUUCCAAUUGGGCAAGCAGUUUCUCUUCCCGUGCCUUCUGUUCGGCUUCCCGCGCCUUCUGUUCUGCGUCGCGUUUCUGCUCUCGUUGCCUCUGAUCUUCUUCUCGUUGCUUCUCACGAGCAAAUUGCUCUUCCAAUUGGGCAAGCAGUUUCUCUUCCCGCGCCCUCUGCUCUGCUUCCCGAGCCUUCUGUUCUGCCAGCUGUUGCUGCAGUGCUUGGACCAUCAUCCGCAGCUCAGGUUGAAGUCCACGGCUCUGCGAGGAUGCGGCUCUACGAUAUCCUGGGCGUUCCUGCGAUCCAAUGAUGGACAGCUGUGGCUCCAUUUCGCUAACAUCGACCUCCGAAGCACCCUCAUCUGGAUCAGGCACUCUGUCAAGUAUGCGAAUCACCCGACUAAUUGGCUCAGUCUUCAGCCAUGGAUCAUUGUAUCCAUCUAUGACGUCUCUCAGGCCCUGCAUGCCCCUGAUGAACUGAUUUUCCGCGGACGGCAUGAUCAGGGGAUGCAGGUCUACCAGGAGACGCGCUUCAGACCGGUUCCGCAGCGCGUAAUGGAAUCUGUCAACAUACUCGUCAUCGAACAGGGUGCCCUGGGGAGUGGCGAUCGGCUGACGGAGAAGACGCUCACAGAGCGCGAUGUCGUCGGGCAUCGGGCCAGCCGGGGACGGCUGCAUGAAGCAACCCUUGGUCUCCAGUAUGGUCACAUAGUUCACAGCUCGGAGACAGACCGAGCGCGCCCCCGGUCGGUAGAGAUCGAACGCGAUCGGGAUCGUUUGGAUGCCGGUUCGCUCAUCGCUUCAACGGUACCGGCUGCUGAUGGCGCAGGUAUCCAGUGGUAUAUCUGGUCUUCAAGCGGGGUGGGCUGUGAUCUGGCGAGGAGGGAGAAGGCGGCUGUGAUGAUUUCCUACGGUCGUGCUUCCUCUGCAAAGUUUCUGGAUUCGUGCUCAAGCUACCUCGCCGGGGAACUUUGGACGGCCGCUCCUCACCAUCACACUGAGAGUCGCAUAGAUCGGGCGAUGUUGCACGUUUCAUGA